AUGCCAACUAAAUUCGUUUUCUUGCAAAAAAUAAAAAGUGUUCCCAACACAGAUAAAUCAGUAACAGGAAAAAGACAAUUAGAAAAAAACAUAGCUCAUAUUAAUACAAAAAGAGAUAAAGAAGCUGAGGAAGAACAUGCAGAUAAAGAAAUUUCCUUUGCAAGAAAGAGACAAAGACAAUUUACAACAAAAGAUUCAUCAGAUGAACAAUCAUUAACUACUGAUGCUGUUACUAAUAUUACUAAUUUUGUAAAAACAAUUGACAAUAUCAAUAAUCUCAACAAUGAUAAAGCUAAUGUUAAUAACAAGUUUGAAUUAAAUUCUUUAGUAGUUACUGACACUAUUCUAGGUUAUGGAAGUCAUAGAUCCAUUGUUUAUAAAGGGACAUUUGAAAAUCAAGAGGUUGCAAUCAAACGUUUAUUAAUUGAUUUUUAUGAUAUCAUUCAUCAUGAAAUAUCAUUACUUCAAGAUAGUGGUGAUCACCCAAAUAUUAUAAGGUACUACUGUAAAAAAAAAACUGAACAUUUCUUAUACAUUGUAUUAGAAUUUUGUCCUGCAUCUUUGCAUGAUCUGAUUGAAAGAAGAUCAAAACCUGAAUAUGCCUAUUUAUUAGAUAAUAUAGUUUCUUCUAAAAUUCUUUUCCAUAUUAUUUCAGAUGACAUCACUUAUCAUGAAAUGCCAGCAAUUCGUGCCUUGAUCUCAGAUUUUGGGUUGUGUAGAAAGUUAGGCGAUUCCAGCAGUUCUUAUAAUACUAUUAAUAAUCCAAGUGGUACUAUUGGUGAACAUCCAUUUGGGGAUUGGUAUUCCAGAGAAAACAAUAUUUUGAAAGGAAUUUAUAAUUUAGAUAAAUUGAAUGAUGUGGGAGAAGGUAUUGAAGCUAGAAAUCUAAUUGAAUUAUCAGUGAUGGUACAUCUAUAUUUUUGGUCUUCAACAAAACGACUUCAAUUCUUACAAGAUGUAUCAGAUAGGUUCGAAAUUGAGAGGCAAUCAUCACUUUUAUCCAAACAGUUAGAACAGAAUGCUGAUAAAAUUAUCGGAACAGAUUGGUGUAAAUGCAUAGACAAAUCAUUAUUAGAAAAAUUAAGGGAAUAUAGAAGAUAUGAUGGGUCAAAAGUAAGAGAUAUAUUAAGAGCACUCAGAAAUAUG